AUGAAGCUCAAUGAAUCUGCCAAUUUGAAUGCCAAACUGACACCUCAGGCAGCAGAACGCUCGGACCCAUUCUCGCGGCGUGAGCUUCCUACCAUCAUCGCUCACGGGUCUUUCGUUGCCAUUCUUUCAUCUCAACUUCCGUUCUCCAUCCUCACCUUGAUGAAGCGUUGUCGCUGGUAUGCAUCUCCUACCUAA